AAGGCUGGGAGAGCCGCCGCGGUCGGACGGUGGGUCGCUCGCUCUCGGCGCGGCCAUGUCGACCGUUUUCUACCUCCUCUCCACGCUGGCCGGCUAUCUCCUCACCUCGGCUCUGCUGUUGAAAUUCCCCGGUUUGCUCCACCGGCGCAAACGCCACCGGUUCCGGUGCCGGCACAUCUCCCACCGCGGAGGUGCGGGAGAGAAUUUGGAGAAUACCAUGGCGGCAUUUCGUCACGCAGUCAACGUGGGGACCGAUAUGUUGGAACUUGACUGCCAUUUGACCAAGGAUGAACAAGUGGUGGUUUCGCACGACGAGAAUCUGAAACGGUCGACCGGAGUGGACGUCAAUAUAUCAGACCUCAAAUACUCAGAACUCCCUCCGUAUCUCUGCAAGUUGGAGGUCACUUUCCAGAAAGAAUGCCAGUGCGAAGGUGAAGACAAACGCAUCCCUCUCCUUCAAGAGGUGUUUGAGGCCUUUCCCCACACGCCGGUCAACAUCGACAUCAAAGUGAACAACGACCUGCUGAUUAAAAAGGUUUCCGAGUUGGUGAGGUCUUACAAACGGGAACAUUUGACGGUUUGGGGCAGCGUCAGCCAUGAGGUUGUGGAAAAGUGUCACAAAGAGAACUGCCACAUCCCCAUCCUUUUCUGCUUGCGCCGUGUCCUCCUGCUCCUCGGCCUCUUCUACACCGGCCUUCUUCCUUUCUUCCCGAUCCUGGAAGACUUCCUGGAGAUCCCCAUGCCUUCCAUCAUUCUCAAACUGAAAGAAUCGGAGAAGAUUUCGAAGGGCCAGCGAAUCACCAUAUGGCUUAUUGAUGUAUUAUUAAUGAGGAAAGCCUUAUUUGAUCACCUCACUGCUCGAGGAAUUCAGGUCUACAUCUGGGUGCUGAACGAAGACCAGGAAUACAAGCGAGCCUUCGACCUGGGGGCCACUGGCGUGAUGACCGACUACCCCACCAAACUGAAGGAAUUCCUCCAUAACUAUCCGGCGUGAAGCCAGGUAGAGAUGCCGCCGCCGUCAUCGCUUCUUCGGAGUAGAGAUUGGAAGAGACCGAAGGAGAGGAUCCACUCUUCCAUUUGAGUUUUUUUUCAGCAAACGUCCAGCCGCCGUCACACAAUACAACCCGACAACUUGGUUUCGACGACCUCGUUCUUAAAAAGUCACGCCAUGCCACGCCAUGCAGCCGUAUUCAUCGACGGCCCUCAGUGGCGGGGUUGACACUCUCUCCUCCUUUGUAAAUAGCUUGGUUUGAGUGAUCAUCUCCUCACCUUAGAGAUCUGGGUCCCUUGGCGAGGCUGCGUGAAAAACUGGGUGGGGGCACGAACGGACGACGCAACCUCUUGGCUUGUCCACCGAACGUGCGAUGACCCCCCCUGAACUUCUCCGCGAGUUGAAUGCGGAUGAGUGACAGCACCUGAGACAACCACUCUAAAUAGGGGGCCCGUGGCCAGUAAAGUCCUCCUUGGAUAUAUCAGAGGUGGCUUCCUGUGGAGAACAACUAUUGUUGUUGUGUCGUUGUUGAAUUUGUAGCUGUGCCUAGCGAGUUAGGGCAGGAUCUCCCAAGCACUAAUACAUUAUUAGACCAGGGGUGUUCCAAUCGUAGCAACUUUAAGACUGAUGGACUUCAAUUCCCAGAAUUCCGGGAUGCUGACUGAGGGAUUCUGGGAGUUGAAGUCCACCGGUUUUAAAAGUUGCAAAGACUGGACCGCCUUCCAAUAGAAACUUCCUACAUCUAUGUGCUUGUUCUAAUCUCAAAUCUAAAAUGGCGGUCUCUCAAUUUGGCCACUUGAAGAUGGGUGGAACUUCAACUCCCAGAAUUCCAGGAUGCUGACUGAGGGAUUCUGGGAGUUGAAGUCCACCGGUCUUAAAAGUUGCAAAGACCGGACAGCCUUCCAUUAGACACACUUCCUAUAUCUGUGUGCUUGUUCUAGUCUCAAAUCUAAAAUGGCGGUCUCUCAAUUUGGCCGCUUGAAGAUGGGUGGACUUCAACUCCCAGAAUUCCGAGGUAAUGACUGAGGGAUUCUGGGAGUUGAAGUCCAGCCAUCUUCAAGUGGCCAAAUUGAGAUCUCAAACAUGGCAACAGUUUUGCGAUUAGUUGCAUCUGUAGGAUCAGGGUUGUUUGGCUAAUUUAUUAUACAAGGCCAUAAUAGCCGCCCCAUACCUCUAUUUGUCAGUCAAGUGUUUUAAAAACAAAUUCUGCCGUCAUGAGCCGGGAUGGAAAAGAGGUUUAAUAACUGGGAAAUUUGGAUAUUAGUGCAAGAGAUAAAAAGGUAUUAUUUUUAUUUUAUUGUUAUGUCGUCGUUUUCUUGUUGACAAAUCCGAAUCAAUAUAUAUAUAUAUAUAUAAUUGACAGAUUAGAGUUCAGGUUUGGCCUGCCUCAUAAUGUGAAUAGAUCUUGCCAAGGUGGCUGACAAUCCAUCCCAGAUCAAACUUUUUCAGCAUAUUUUUUUUUUUAAAUUAGCACUCUUUGUGGCCAGUCUAGAAAUACCUCUGCCCUUCGUAUUGCUGAAGAUUACAGUUGCUUAAAUAGGAAUGCCGUCCUAGAAAACUUUGGCACCAGUGUUGAAAAUAUCUGCUUUGACAAAUGUCCUUCGGUUACUUGAUCUCUUGUCGUUUAAAAGGGCAUUUGGUGCACCGGCUGUCGGCCAGAGAAAAUGGAAUUUAGUUUACUUUUUUUUUUUUUUUUUAGGUGACAUGUUUUUUUUAAAGGUAAGCAGAUUGGGGGGAAGCAGAGCCCCCGAAUACAGGACGGACGUGCCCUUAAAACCUGGGAGGGGGAAAAAAUGUCUUUUUUUUAGAUACGGGAAUGUAGAUUUUGUACUCUGCUUCUCUGUAGCAAUUCCUGAGCUUGGCUUUUAAUCUGUACUGCAACCUAUGUAGCAGUUUUGGGAUUAGAGCAUUAAAAGAAAAAGAAAAAAACUUUCACCAUC